UGCCUCAUCUCUCCCACCACCUCUCCUUUGUUUCCCACUCCUAAACCCGCCGGAAAACCCACCGUUCUCCGGCGGCCAAACUUCCCACCACAGCCAUGUCCACUACUUCCACACCCCUCAUUUCUCUCACACCCAACUCCUCAAAACUCGUGAUAAAACCAAACACAUACACACCGAGACUUUCAAGCUCUAAGUUCUCGUGCAGUUCGGUUUCGAAGAGAGGGUUCAGAAAUGGGGGUCUGUCGAUAAAGGGUUGCUCGACUUCGCCGUUUAUAGGGAGAGUUGGGUCGCAAUGGAGGGAAGGGAACUCUUCUUUGCUUUCGUUUGGGAUGAUAAACCCGCCAAUGGCUAUGUCUAAUGAAGCUGAGCAGAGUAGUGAGGACUCGUCUCAGGUCUUGUCGGCAAUGCUUCCGUUUGUGGUUGCCGCCACUGCUGUUGCUGCUCUGGCUCAGCCUGCUACGUUUACUUGGGUAUCCAAGGAUUUAUACGCCCCCGCUCUUGGUGGGAUCAUGCUCUCCAUUGGAAUCAAACUUUCCAUUGAUGAUUUUGCGCUUGCUGUCAAAAGACCUUUACCACUCUCUAUUGGGUUUAUCGCGCAGUAUGUGCUGAAACCGGCUCUGGGAGUGUUACUUGCAAUGGCAUUUGGCGUUCCUAAAAUGUUCUACGCUGGCUUUGUCCUCACCGCUUGUGUUGCAGGGGCACAACUAUCAAGCUAUGCUAGUUUCUUGAGCAAAGGCGAUGUGGCCUUGAGCAUCCUCCUCACUAGCUCCUCCACAAUUGCCUCGGUGAUUGUUACCCCUCUGCUGACCGGCCUGUUAAUUGGUUCUGUUGUUCCAGUUGACGCUGUUGCCAUGGCAACGUCUAUAUUGCAGGUUGUUCUUGUUCCUGUCACUCUUGGCCUUGCGCUGAAUACUUAUGCCAAACCAGUUGUCGCCAUCCUUCGUCCUGUGAUGCCAUUUGUUGCUAUGAUCUGUACUUCAUUAUGCAUUGGUAGUCCUCUUGCGAUUAAUCAAAGACGAAUUCUGUCUAUGGAUGGUCUCCGAUUGAUAUUUCCAGUUUUAGCAUUUCAUGCAGUGGCCUUUAUAGUCGGAUACUGGGUAUCCAAAAUUCCAACUUUGAGGCAAGAAGAAGAAGUUAGCAGAACACUUUCUUUAUGCACAGGAAUGCAAAGCUCCACCCUUGCUGGUCUACUUGCUAGUCAGUUCCUUGGGAGCAGUCAAGCCGUUCCUCCAGCAUGUUCAGUAGUUGCCAUGGCCAUCAUGGGUCUUUUUCUCGCCUCUUUCUGGGGCACAGGCGCUCGAAUUCGAGACCUUUCUUCCCUACUACUGCCUCAAACCAGCUCUACCAUGGAAGCUUCAUAGUGAAUCUACAACCAGAGAAAGCUAAUGUGGUGCAGACUGAUGGCAGGGAAACUAACGCAGAGCAUUUCGAGGCAAGUACAAUAGAAAGGAAUGCGCGGGGUGUUUGUGUUGAGCACCUCAACCGGGGUGGAAACAAAUAGUGCGUACAGAAGGAAGCCAAAGAGACGAGGGAAAGAUAGUUUAGGCUUAGAUUACCUGUAAAGUUGUAAAGCUUUCUAGUUUCUAUACUACAGCUACAACUUGGUGUUGCUACUUUGUAUAGGCCCUCAUUAAGGUAUAUAUAAAGGUUCGCAACUCCCAUCCACCUU